GUAACGUUGGCGGUAACAGCAAUGCCGAAAGUUAAAAAAAAAAAAAAAAGUAAUGUCUGUAACAUAAAAAUAAAUUGCUUUAAAACUACUUAUAUGAAGAAAAAAAAUCACUUCUAUUAAUAACUUUUUCUCGAGACAUCCGACAGCCCACAGUGAGCACGCAGGCACGCAGGGACGAACCGUGCGACUGUGCGGCCGGUGCGGCUGCAUCCACUCUGCCAUCUGCACUCUGCCAUGGUGUGACGUCAAUCGGGUCGAGCAGUCCGAGUCUUUCAUUCUUUGUAAAAAAAUGUCUGACGGGAAGUUGUACGAUGUCCUGGGAGUUUCAAGAAAUGCGACUGAACACGAAAUCAAAAAGGCCUACAGGAGAUUGGCGAAGGAGUACCACCCGGACAAAAAUCCACAAGAAGGCGAAAAGUUUAAGGAGAUUUCUUUUGCUUACGAAGUCCUGACAGACCCCAAGAAACGGGAAAUAUACAACACCUACGGCAUCAAUGGACUCAAAGAAGGUGUACACGAAAGUCCCUUUGCGACAGAAGAUAUCUUCUCGCAGAUAUUUGGAGGAAGCCCAUUUGGCAGCAUGUUUGGCAUGGAUGGCUCCUCGAGGAGACGGCGUCAGCGGGGCGAGGACACUGUCCACCCACUCAAGGUGUCGUUGGAAGAUUUUUACAAUGGAAAAACGAUCAAGCUUGAAGUAGACCACACAGUCAUCUGCAAGACCUGUGAUGGGUUGGGCGGGCGAUCAGGCUCUGUCCUAGUCUGCCAUGGCUGCCGUGGUCGCGGUAUCAAGGUGACCUUCAAGCAUCUGGGUCCUAACAUGAUGCAGCAGAUGCAGUCUACGUGCCCGGACUGCCGAGGAGAUGGUGAGGUGAUCAACGAGAAGGAUGCCUGCAAGACUUGCAAAGGCCGCAAGGUGAUAAAGGAGAUCAAGUACCUGGAGGUGCACGUGGACAAGGGCAUGAGAGAUAACGAACGGAUCAUCUUCAAAGGGGAGGGUGACCAGCAGCCGGGUGUGGAGACUGGAGACGUGGUGAUAAUUCUGCAAACGAAGCCGCACGAGUUGUUCCACCGUGAGGGGAGCAACCUGUUCAUGAGCCACUCGGUGACCUUGACGGAGGCCCUCUGUGGCUUUGAGAUGGUCCUAAAGCACCUCGACGGCAGGGACAUUGUCAUCAAGCACCCGCCUGGCAGCGUCAUUAAGCCUCGGUCCAUGAAGGGCAUCCGUGGCGAGGGCAUGCCUGUCUACAGGGACCCCUUUGAAAAAGGAAACCUGUACAUCAAGUUUGACGUCGUAUUUCCGGACAACCACUUUGCCGAUGAGGUGGCUCUUAAGGAGGUGGAGGCACUGAUCGGGGACCGGCCCAGCCCCGUGCACGUGCCAACGGGGGAGCAUGUGGAGGACGUGGACCUGCACGAAUACGACCCGAGCAUGAGCGGCGAACGCGGCGGGCGCUCGGAAGCAUACCACGAGGACGCCGAGGACCACCACCACCGCGCGGGGCCUGGUGUGGAGUGUGCCCACCAGUAGUGGCCACUGCCGGAACCGAGGGGGGGAGGGAAGAGCCUCGAUUUGGUCGCUCACUCCUCCGUGUCGUUCUCUCGACUCGCGGUCGUGCUCUUCAGAUUGAGGGACGCGGGAAGGCGCCAGCCCUUUCCUUCUCUGCCUGCUGCAAUGGGAAAGUUCCAGCAGGGGGGACCCCCAGGCUUCACCCCACUGGCGGUUCACAGGUAGCGAAGGUGGAAAUAAAGGGAGCUAGAUUCCAUAAGCCAACCGGCUGCAAGCUGUCACCUUUUCGGAACUCUUCUGUGGGGAGUAAUACUAUCCUUUUUUUUUCUCUCUGUUGUUGCCUCUGGUGAAGCAGGGAUAGGGAUACCUGUGCUCUCUCGACGUUUCUGAAGCUGCCCCAAGUUUGUGACACUGGCACGGUGCACGUGUAGUGACGUGUAUUGCAGCAGGCAAAGGGACUCUUGCGGUGUCAUUUUCUCGUUCGGAUUGUGAAGUGAGCUUUGUACUCUUGACAGCUGUGUCGGGCUGAUUAUUGGUGUCCGUUGGGCGAGGGAAAGGGGUGUGGUUGCAACCUGAAAGUAGUUACAAACUAUUUUGUGCUGUAGGCUCUGCAUGCGAUACACUUUUACAAGAUUUGUUCAGUUUUUUUUGUGGCUAUACAACACGUGCAAAUGGAAGCUUUCUUUCCUCCCCUAUAGACAUCUCUUCAUUGUGGGGAGGGUAGCAGAAGAUAUGUUAUGUGUAUACCCAUGUGGCACAACUUUUGGGCAGUCUGAAAAUUCAAUCGCCUCUUUUCUCCUCUUGCGUGGAGACAUUGUUGAAGGCAUUUAAUAAAGCAUAUUUGGGGUCCCAAAUUUUGAAACGAAGGGAGAGUUUGACGAAUAAAUUUGCUUUAAUGCUCCAAAACCAAUUUCAGCACAAUUGGGUCGUUUGAACACGUCAUUUAACAUCCAUCACUGAGAAGAGUAGGGCAGAGCUAUUAUGUACAGCAUACACUGCAGAAAAAGAAAAAAAUAGCUGGAACUGUUAAAUGCACAUUUUUUUUUUGUACCCUUUGUAUAGGCUUUUCGGAAAGGUCUGCAUGAAACUUGCUAAUGAGUUGAAACUCGUGGAGAGGGUUUGUUUUCUGAAUCGUCUCUUUUUUUUUUUUUAAGCAUAUGCUAAAUUGUCUCGGAACUUUUUUUCUUGUGACUUGCUGAAAGCAUGUUUCUGCAUUCCUUGUAAUUGUAUAUUGAUUUACUGUCGUCUGAGAUGGGGACCUAAAGUGGACAGAGGUGAAUUUGUGACCAAGAGACACCAGCGAAAUGCAGGGGCGGAUCCAGAACUCUGAGGGGGGGGGGGGGGGGAAGAAGGAGGGAGGGAGGGAGGGGAAGAAUUUGAAAGGAUGCUAUUCUCCUAUUCGUUCUUGUGCACCUGGGGGGGGGGGGGGGGGGUCGUCCCCCCCCCCUUCUUGGAUCCGCCCCUGGCAAAAUGUUAGGUUGGUUUACGAAAACAAAAUGCAAUUUGCAGUGUGGAUUUGUUUCCGGCCUGUUUUCAAAAAAUUCUAGAAUGUUUUUUUUUUCCUUUACAGUUGCUAAUUUUUUUAGUUUUUCAAGUUUGUAGGAAAACCUACUGCGGGCACUUAGUACUUUGCUUUCCUCGGAGGGGUCCUUAAAAUUAUUUGAACAUUAGAUGCAACACAAAAUCGCUGUUUCCCUCUCCCCUUUUUUAAUGUGAUGUAAGAGUAAGCUGUAUCGUUUAAUAAAAACCAAAGCAUGAAAGA